AUGGGUAAAGUACAUGGUGGUUUGAAUCGUGCUGGUAAAGUCAGAAACGCUACUCCAAAGAAAGAUAAGGAAGAAAAAAGAAAACCAAAGGUUGGUCGUGCUAAAAAGAGAAUGAUCUUCAACAGACGUAACGUCGCCGCCGUCGCUGGUUUCGGUAAAAAGAAGGGUUACAACACUCAAAACGUCCCAACCGUUGCUUAA